CUGAAGAUAAAUGCUUCAGACUUCAGCAGCAGGAGGGGACUUCCGGUGGGAAGGAAGGACUGCGCAUGCGCGCGGACGCCGGGGACUGGUGCCGAAGUGAAAACUCGGGAGGCUCAGUCAGUUAGUCUGAGGAGCCGCCAGCGAGAGGUGCUGAGGCUGCGGGCGGUCACGCAACUUCCGCCUCUCCAACCGUCACCGCGCUGGAGAGCGGCUGGGCCGACUGAGGGAAAGAGUGGAGUCCACAAGAGCAUCGCUAAGCUCCGCCCGCACCGUCACAGGCCCGGCCGGACCGGGAGGGUGCCAGGAGAAGAGACCCAGUCGCCACCCGUAGCCCGAGAGGGGCCGCGCCGAGCUCCAUGAAUGGAAAUCAGCAGUGCAGGACCCGUUGGGGCACAGCCCCUGCUUAUGGUGCCCAGACGUCCUGGCUAUGGCACCAUCGGCAAGCCCAUUAAAUUACUGGCUAACUGCUUCCAAGUUGAAAUCCCAAAGAUUGAUGUCUACCUCUAUGAGGUGGAUAUUAAGCCAGACAAGUGUCCUCGGAGGGUGAACAGAGAGGUGGUGGAUUCAAUGGUGCAGCAUUUUAAAGUAACUAUUUUUGGGGACCGUAGACCAGUUUAUGAUGGUAAAAGAAGCCUUUACACAGCUAAUCCACUCCCUGUGGCAACUACUGGGGUAGAUUUGGAUGUUACCUUGCCAGGAGAAGGAGGCAAAGAUCGUCCUUUUAAGGUGUCAAUAAAAUUUGUUUCCCGCGUGAGCUGGCAUUUGCUGCAUGAGGUGCUGACAGGGCGGACCCUGCCCGAACCUGUGGAACUGGACAAACCAAUCAGCACUAACCCUGUUCAUGCUGUUGAUGUGGUGCUACGACACCUGCCCUCCAUGAAAUAUACACCCGUGGGCCGCUCAUUUUUCUCUGCCCCAGAAGGAUAUGACCACCCUUUGGGAGGUGGCCGAGAAGUAUGGUUUGGAUUCCAUCAGUCUGUUCGGCCUGCUAUGUGGAAAAUGAUGUUGAAUAUUGAUGUUUCUGCCACUGCCUUCUACAAAGCACAACCUGUAAUUCAGUUCAUGUGUGAAGUUCUUGAUAUUCACAACAUUGAUGAGCAGCCACGACCUCUGACUGAUUCUCACCGCGUAAAAUUCACCAAAGAGAUAAAGGGUCUGAAGGUUGAAGUGACUCAUUGUGGAACAAUGAGACGCAAGUACCGUGUCUGUAAUGUUACAAGGAGACCUGCCAGUCAUCAAACCUUCCCUUUGCAGUUAGAAAAUGGCCAGACUGUGGAAAGAACAGUAGCACAGUACUUCAGAGAGAAAUACAACCUCCAGCUGAAGUAUCCUCAUCUUCCUUGUCUGCAAGUGGGACAGGAGCAGAAACACACCUACCUGCCUCUUGAAGUGUGUAACAUCGUAGCCGGCCAGCGAUGUAUCAAGAAGCUGACAGACAAUCAGACGUCAACCAUGAUCAAAGCAACAGCAAGAUCUGCUCCAGACAGGCAAGAAGAAAUCAGCAGGCUGGUGAGAAGUGCAAACUAUGAUGCCGACCCAUUCGUUCAGGAGUUUCAGUUCAAAGUUCGCGAUGAGAUGGCUCAUGUAACAGGACGUGUGCUUCCUGCUCCCAUGCUACAGUACGGAGGGCGGAACCGAACAGUGGCGACGCCAAGCCAUGGUGUAUGGGAUAUGCGAGGAAAACAAUUUCACACCGGUGUGGAGAUCAAAAUGUGGGCCAUAGCUUGCUUUGCAACGCAGAGGCAGUGCCGUGAAGAGAUACUGAAGGGUUUCACAGACCAACUUCGCAAGAUCUCCAAGGAUGCAGGGAUGCCAAUCCAGGGCCAGCCGUGCUUCUGCAAAUAUGCACAAGGUGCAGACAGUGUGGAGCCCAUGUUCCGGCACUUGAAGAACACAUAUUCUGGGCUCCAGCUCAUCAUCGUUAUCCUUCCUGGGAAAACACCUGUAUAUGCGGAGGUGAAGCGUGUGGGAGAUACGCUUUUGGGCAUGGCCACACAGUGUGUUCAAGUGAAGAACGUCAUAAAAACAUCUCCUCAGACCCUCUCAAACUUGUGCCUAAAGAUUAAUGUAAAACUUGGAGGAAUCAACAACAUUCUUGUACCUCAUCAGCGACCUUCUGUAUUCCAACAACCAGUGAUUUUCUUGGGAGCAGAUGUUACUCAUCCACCUGCUGGUGAUGGGAAGAAGCCAUCCAUAGCUGCUGUUGUAGGCAGCAUGGAUGCCCAUCCAAGCAGGUAUUGUGCCACAGUGAGAGUUCAAAAACCCCGCCAGGAAAUCAUCCAGGACUUAUCUUCCAUGGUUAGAGAGCUGCUCAUCCAGUUCUACAAGUCAACACGGUUCAAACCCACAAGAAUUAUCUUCUACCGUGAUGGGGUGUCAGAAGGACAAUUUCGCCAGGAAGGGGCGGGAACCACCCAAGCAAGAUGUCCUCCUGCCCUCAGAAAAGACGGACCAUUCAUGGUGUUAUAUUAUGAGCUGCUAGCAAUCAGAGAGGCCUGCAUCAGCCUGGAAAAGGAUUACCAGCCAGGCAUAACAUACAUUGUUGUGCAGAAGAGGCAUCAUACCAGACUGUUUUGCGCUGAUAGGACAGAAAGGGUUGGAAGAAGUGGCAACAUCCCAGCUGGAACAACUGUAGAUACAGACAUCACACAUCCAUAUGAAUUUGAUUUUUACCUCUGUAGCCAUGCAGGAAUACAGGGUACCAGCCGCCCCUCACACUAUCACGUAUUGUGGGAUGAUAACUGUUUCACUGCAGACGAACUUCAGCUAUUAACCUACCAGCUCUGCCAUACCUAUGUGCGCUGUACACGGUCCGUGUCCAUACCUGCACCAGCGUAUUAUGCUCACCUGGUAGCGUUCAGAGCAAGAUACCACCUUGUGGACAAAGAACAUGACAGUGCUGAAGGAAGCCAUGUUUCAGGACAGAGUAAUGGGAGAGAUCCCCAGGCCCUAGCUAAGGCCGUACAGAUUCACCAAGACACCUUACGCACCAUGUACUUUGCUUAGCUAUUUUAAAAAAAAGAAUGAAGGCAAUUCAGAAAAGGAAGAACUGGAGAAUUAAAUCACAUACAGUGUAUGUUUUCAGAGGGGGUCAGUUUGUGUGGGGGUGGGCAGAGUGUACCUCAGCCCCUGCUGAAUUUGAUCCUUUGUAGGGGCAUGGGCCUUAUCCUUGUAUUUGAUGCAAGGAAAGAUUGUUUACUUCACCAAGAACAUGGCACUAUUAUGCAAUAUGAAACCAGCCAACUGCUUUUGAAGUGACUUCCUAUAGGAAGUGCUGCCGUCAUCUUAUUUUCUUUUGUGCGUUUUUUCCUUGUAGUCUGACCCUUUUUAUACCUUUACCUCAAGUUGCUCAGCAGCACAACUGUUUCUGCAAAAAAAUUAAUAAUGAUAAUAAUAAUAAUAAUUAAUUAUGGUAUUAAAACUUAUAGGAACAAUCAAAGUAAUUAUUGGAGAGGGGAGGGAGGAAGGGAAGUCAGGAGACUGCAAAAAAUGUUUUUACCUUUUGUAACCCCCUGUGGGCCGCAGAAGGCUUUCCCUCAAAUGGCUGUUGGCACUUGAAUGCGAUCAUGCAGCU